UUUACUCAGAUCAGUUCUGUAGUAAGGCACAAACGUAUUCAUGAAAGAUUGAAAAAUGAUAUUAAGCAACAGUUACAAAACAGUUAUGAUAAUAUUAAUAUGGAGAAUGAAGAUCAAGCUGUAAAUAAGGACAAGGGAACAUGAGAAGAUUCAUUCACAAGAUACUGCUAAUUUGGAGUGCAAAAAUAAUGACAUGCUUUCAAAAGAAAAUGAAAAAUAUAACUGCAAUGCAAAUAAUAUUGACCUUCCUGAGGAUGAAACAAGUAUGAAAAAAGUAUUGCCAUUGGAUACAAUUAUUUAUAUCACUUCAGAACAGUUAAAGAAGAUCAACCUGGAAAAUAUUGAAGAUAUCAAAGAUCAGAUUCCACAAGAACAUCUAAAUGAACCAAAGGAGAAGAUUUUAACAACUAAUGAACUAAGUGUUUCUGAGAAGAUAGUAGUAUUUAGCAAUGACCAAACUCAGUUCAUUCAUGAUAAUCCCAUUUUAUUAUGUAAAACUAGUGAUUCUAUAGAAAAAGGAAAUGUAGCUUAUGUCUGCCAAGUAGAUGAAAAUGUACUUAAAAAUACAUUAAGUAUACAAUCAUGCGAAUCAGAUAUACAAAAAUUAGAAACAUUGCAAAAUUACAAUAAUCUAACAAAUGCUUCUCUAAAUGUAACUGAUAUGUUUCAAAAAAUAGAUUUAUCAGAACCUCAUACCGACGAACAAAUUAAUUCUGAUUGUAAUUUGCAAGAUCACCAAGAAAUAAAUUCUGGACAAGCUGAAAAAAUUCCUGACGAUUCAAGCGAUGUGGAUAUCACAAACCACGAUGAAUCAAUGUUGCGUUUAGUACAGACAGAAACAGGAGAACAAUUUUAUGAAUUUUUGAUCAAUAAUUUAGUGGAAAAAUUGCCAAGCACGCAAUCUGCAAAAAUUUCUGGAAACGAAGAUGAAAGUGCAAAUAUAUCAGAGAAUAUAACAAAUAAUUGCUUGGAUAUUAAAAGUACGAAUGAAGAGAUUCAUCAGGAAGAAAAUAUACGCGAUGAUAUACAUAAUGAUCUAAGUUACACACCGUAUGAGUUACAACCAACUGAUUUUGAUAAAUAUGUCGAAACAAACUUUGAAGUUUUUGAAAGAUUAAAUUACGACGACAGUUCAGAACGACUUUUUGAAUUUGUUGAAACUACAGGAGUGGGGAAAAUCUCUGAAUGUAAAGAAAGUGAACAAUUUUUACAGUUUCAAAACUUUAAUAAAAUUGAUGCAAUACAACAGAAUGAAAAUAGUACUAUUAUUAAUGAUAAUGAAGAGAUUAUUAACAAGGACCCACCAUGUAACAUACUGAAUCAAAUUAAUGAACCAAAUGAAGAUCAAGUACAAAGAAACGAUUCGAUUGAAAACAAUGAAAAAAUAGACCAACAACAGGAUUCGAAAACUUCGAAAGUAGUCGCUAUAAAGUUUCAGUGCACAGUGUGUGAAAAAUCAUUUUCAACUAGUUAUAAUUACAAACAACAUAUAGGCACACAUUUUGCUGAUCAACAAAAGUUUCAUUGUAAGGAAUGCAAAAUGUCCUUUGCUUGGAAAUCAACAUUAAACAAACAUAUUGCAAGCAACCACAGACCUGAAGGUCCGCAAAGAUUUGCAUGUGAUAUAUGUAAAAAAUUAUACAGUACUUCUUCUCAAGUAAAUGAACAUGUGAAACGUGACCACUUGAAAGAACGAAAUCACGUUUGCUCGCAAUGUGGUAAAUCGUUUUUUAAAAAAUAUGAUUUGAAAAUACAUAAUAGAAUUCAUACGGACGAGCGACCGUACGUUUGUCGCGCUUGUGGAAAAAGAUUCCAUCACCGAAGUCAUAUUAUUCGUCAUGAACGUAUACAUCUUUAAGAAAGAAGUAAACCCACGUUAUUUGUGGCUGGAUACGAAAUACAAGAAAUAUUAGUAAAACAUGCACAAUUUUUAUAUUAUUAAAUUAUUGUUUUGUUAUGUUGUUUAUUCUGAUAUCUAUAUUAUAAUAGAUAUUGAAUAUUGUAAUGUAACUAAUGAAA